UUUUGCCCUCAUCACUUCAGAAAGUGGCUGAUUAUGUUUUGUUUACAGCAGCUUGUUUCCACUGCCCCCAAGUGGAUAAAAAGAAAAUCAAUGUAGUUUUGAGGAAGUUGGUGUAAUGCAGAUCCAUGCUCAUAAACCAAACUUUUUGAAUUAUAAGUAGCCUACACACCAAAGCAGUCAAACUACAAUUCUCUACAUUAUAGGCCUGUCAGCUGGCUAGAUAGUCCUUUGAAAUGCUUGUGAUUGUCAAGAAUCUGCAUUUCAGAAAUGUACAUUAUGAUCCAGAUUUCAUCACUUCAAAGUGAACUUUCAUUCUUGAUCUUGAAAUACUAUUCUGACAAAAAAAAAGCUACAGGCUGUAAGUUAUAUGCAUAGCAGCUGAGCAAGCUCCAUCCACAGAGGACCCAGACUCGAAAGUAGACCUCGACUCCACGUUUUAGUCAAUUUGAUGAAAUUGAGGUGCAGGGCAACCCAUGUGUAUACAUUAAAAGACACACACACACACACACACACACACACACAAGAAUAGUGAGCUUGAGACAUUGACGCCUCUUUCUGUUAAGGCCUUCUCCUGGUCCCCUGACCCCUCCUUGAACCUGAACCGCUGCUGUGCUAAUAGCCUGGCAGGUGACCACGCAGGUUAGGUUACCUAUGUUAGUCCCGCCGCCUCCUGCUCUGGACAGCUCCUGUGGUAUUGAACUGAAGUGAUCUUGCGGCUCGAGUUGUAAUUCUUGCUUCUGAUUGGAUAAGAGAUGCACUAGGACACCCCAGCCCGCACCGAUUGGUCGUUUCACCUGCCAGGCAAGCGGAUUUCCUUCACAACAGACUGAACCGGGUAGCAGAGCUCUGCUGCAGAGCCACUGUCACAGGGCACCGGAGAAAGAUGAUUUUGCAGUGAGUUCUGUAAAGCUUGUCGCCACGGGCCCCAUGACGAUAUACGUGGUUGCACGCCCCAUGGCUGCACCCUGACAAUAUCAUCUGUUCGACCUCUUUCCUCCAACCCCCCCAUCCAGCUCCUCUCUCCUCCUCCUCAACCUGUGGCCUAUUUAUACCCUGGAGACUCAAAAGAGCCCAUUAAAGCUCCGCAGACCUAUUCAGCAAGAGACAACAGUGAGAGGGAAUGCAGCCUCAUCACCUUUUCUCUGACAGCUUCACAUAAGGAAAACUAAGGUUUCAUCUACUGGGCAUUCUUAUAAUGCAACAAGACUACAGCUUCAUCAAGCUUCAGAUGAUAAACUGAUCCAUUGUUUGCAGCUGCAGCAGAUUUGAGAAAUUCUGGAUGCAGCAUGUGCUUGGGUCCACAGACUGGAGGUUCUGUACCAUAGAAAUAAUUAUUUCUAUGUUCUUUACCAUUUUGUUGAAAUACAGGAUAACACAUUCAAGACAUUUGGUUAUUGACUCAGUUGUCUAAAUAGCUAUGCGAUUUCAGCAUGGACACUGAAAGAAUUUAUCUUCUAAAUGCCUCAGAUGUCUGAAGGGGUCGGUUUGAAAAGGCACUUGCAUAAUGUAGGAGCAUCAAUCAUUGUGCAAUGAGCCACAACAAUAAUAUAUUAUAUAUUAUUUCUAAUUGGGCAUCCAGUCCUCCACCACCUCAAGUCAUGAGCUAAGCCCACACAACCCUGGGCGUCCCUUGCAGGAUGACUGCUGUCUGCCCCUUUGAGAGCAGCCCAGAAGGGGCUGAAGCUGGGGCUGGGACAGCAGGCUCUAGGGGGCCGGGGGUAGCAGGCACCGGUGGGAGCAUCUCAGUUUCUGGGGCAGAGACCGGGGAGUCUAAUGUAGACUCUGUCGGAGGUUCAGUUAGAGGCACCGCUGUGGUCACUGGUGGCCAAAGGUACACCCGCUGGAGCCGCCAGGACAGCUCAGACAUCAACACAGACGAUGAGGGAGCCACCAUCCGCCGCCUCACUCCACUGGAAAGACUGAACCUGGAUAUGUGCCAGGAUGAAAGGGUGGUCCGUGAGCUAACAUUGGGCAGAAGAAUCGGCUUCUACAAAAUUCGAGGAGAGAUUGGCUGCGGAAAUUUCUCCCAUGUCAAGCUAGGAAUUCAUGCCCUCACCAAAGACAAAGUGGCUAUAAAGAUCCUAGACAAAACCAAGCUGGAUCAGAAGACCCAGAGGCUGCUGUCUAGAGAGAUCUCUAGCAUGGAGAAACUACACCAUCCCAACAUUAUACGCCUCUAUGAGGUGGUGGAGACGUUGUCACGAUUACACCUGGUGAUGGAGUACGCAGGGGGAGGGGAGCUCUACACAAAGAUUACUACAGAGGGGAAACUUUCUGACACUGAUAGCAAGAUCGUCUUCGCUCAGAUCCUCUCUGCUGUUAAACACAUGCAUGAAAACAACAUCAUCCACCGUGACCUGAAGGCAGAAAAUGUCUUCUACACCAGCAGCUCUUGUGUCAAGGUGGGGGACUUUGGCUUUAGCACACUGAGCCGCCGCAGUGAGACACUCAACACAUUCUGUGGCUCUCCGCCUUACGCAGCGCCUGAGCUCUUUCGAGAUGAGCACUAUGUUGGCGUCUUUGUAGACAUCUGGGCCCUGGGGGUGAUGCUGUUUUUUAUGGUGACGUGCACCAUGCCGUUCAGGGCAGACACUGUGGCCAAACUAAAGCGAUGCAUCCUGGAGGGGGCCUACAUCCUGCCCUCGUGGGUGCCAGAGGCAUGUCAGAGGCUGAUCAGAGGAAUCCUGCAACCCAUACCAUCUGAGCGUUGUACAGUGGAGCAGAUGAUGGGCUGUGAGUGGCUGCUCCCUGUGGACUUUCCGCAUGCCAUGGAGCCCUUUAAACUAGACCCAUCGUACCUAGCAGAGACUGAUCCAUCUGAACUUGGGGAGGAAGAGAUGGAGGUAAACGCGGCACUGGAGACACUAGGAAUCACUUUAGAACACAUCCUCAACAACCAGGGGAAAGACUGCAGGAGCUCCAUCACCGGGGUCUAUAGGAUCCUGCUACAUCGUGCUCACAAGAAACGGGCUGUUGAGAGCAUGCCGGUGGUCAAAAAGGUGGUCAGACCAACUACAAAGAGUAAAAAGGAACGGCUAAAAGUGUACCGUAGUUUAAGGCACACAUCUAAACUCUGUGUGAUUCUGUGACAUAAUGCUCUGCUACGCUCUGGAAAUUAAUUGACUUUAUAGUCUGGGAUGAGAUUGCAUGGAUUUCAUUACAAGUAAAUGCUUUUCAGGCCAGCAGUUUAAAUUGAAACCAUGGUAUAUAACCCCACUCAGCUCCUGAAAUCUGGGAUUUCUUACUUUAGUAUCUUUCUUCUAGUAACUAAUAUUAGUCUCUGUGAGAAGAUUGCUGGCAGCGAAUCAUUGUUUUCUCCCUUUUUUGACAGGGCCAGGGACCUGUAAUACUCAUGAGAUUUGAAAAUGUUAUGAAAUACAAUUUAUUUAAGUAAACAUAAUGAUGAUUAGAUGGCAUACACAACUUUUUCUUUUGGCCAGAUAUUUAUAGCCUAGUCUAUGCUCAAUUGUUCUGGAACACCAAUAAACCCUAUGAGAAACCAAUGUAGCAUAAAUCUUAAAUAAAAGAGUUAGAAACCUAAACAUUAAACUGAGGUGAUAAAUUGGUGAAUCAUGUUAUGAAAUCAGCCAGACUGGUUUAUAAUCCUUUGUGAUGACAUGAUGAUCUUAUGUGAUAUAUCUCUAUGAGAUGUUGCUGCUGUUAGACUGAUUGACCUGGAUUACCUUAAAGGUGCUGUAGGUAGGAUUGUGAAAAAUUUGAACAUCGACAACUUCUCAGUCAUUCCCCCCUUUCUGCUAAAGCCCAAAACAGUCUCCUAAGCCCCUCCCCCCACAAGGGAGAAUGAAUGCGUGUGUAUGAGCAGUAAUUGACACGCAGUUAGACACCCCCCCCCCUGGUCCUGAAUGGUGCAUCUCAACAGGGAGCGGUGAAUUUUUGCAAAUCGUACUACAGGCUGUAGGUGGUGCCAGAUGAGCCGGAUUUUUGUUGUUGUUUUUAAAUUACCUGCUUCAUGUAGUUCUACUGGAACAUAGGGUCAGUUUCAGCAAAAAUGACAGUUUUUAUAAGUCUUACCUACUGCACCUUUUAAUUAAACUACAAAUACCAACCAUCAAGUUAUUAGUUGUUGUGUGGCAAAAUAUUUUUUUUUCAGUUUUAGUUUAGACACUUUCGGUACGAGUUUGUUAUUCAUUUUUUUUUUUAUAAUCUGAUGCCAUACUCAUGCAUCAUGCUCGUGUUGAUUAAAAUAAAUUUCUAAUUUA